AUGUCGAGAGUUGGAACACUUGUCUUAGGUCCUGCCGGUGUUGGUAAAUCGACUUUCUGCAAUUCGAUGGUGUCGUAUUUACAAUCUGUGGGCCGUCGUUGUCACAUUGUCAAUUUGGAUCCCGCAGCUGAGCCAUCGGAGUAUGAGUUCACGAUUGAUAUUAGAGACCUCAUAUCGCUUGAAGAUGUGAUGGAGGAGUUAGAGCUCGGUCCUAAUGGUGGAUUGGUGUACUGUUUCGAGUACCUGCUGCAAAAUCUGGACUGGCUAGAUGAGGAAAUCGGCGACUAUAACGAUGAAUACCUCAUCUUUGACUGUCCUGGACAGAUCGAACUGUAUACCCAUAUUCCAGUGUUGCCAACCAUUGUGAAACAUUUGCAACAGCAGUUGAACUUCAACUUGUGUGCAACGUAUCUGUUAGAGGCUCCGUUCAUAAUAGACCGGUCGAAAUUCUUCAGUGGAGCGUUGAGUGCCAUGUCUGCCAUGAUUCUGCUGGAGUUACCUCAUAUCAACAUCCUAUCCAAGUUGGAUCUCAUCAAGGAUGAGUAUUCAAAAAAACAGCUCAAGAAGUUCCUCAAUCCUGACCCGCUGUUACUUCUAGAGGACGUGAAUAGAGAGACAAACCCACGCUUCGCCAAGUUGAACGAGAGUAUUGCCCAUUUGGUUGAUGAUUUUGGGAUGGUUCAGUUUCUGCCAUUGGAGGCCAAGAACUCAGACAGUAUUCAAACAAUCUUGAGUUAUAUAGACGAUGUUACUCAAUGGGCCGAGGGCCAGGAACCAAAAGAGCCUAAUGACGAGGUUGAGUUUGAAGAGGAG